GUUCUAGCUUGUUAGAAAACAUUAGAAAAAUCAAGAUCUCGUUAUUACCUCUUUAAUCAACAUUAAUUCUUGCUCAUUAAGUUCAUAAACUUGAAACAAACCGGUCCCUCUAGGGUGUUGCCCUAAAACUACGAACUUUGCUGAAAAAGGUAUCCACUUAACGGCAUACGUACCGAAUGAUAAUUUUUUUUUUAUGUGAGUAAAUAUUUCCGGUUUUUCUUGUAAUGUCAUUCUUCUAUGGUUAAAAAUUUUUAAAAAAAGAGAGUAAAUGCUUACUGCGGACUAGAUUAUCUCGCACUAAUCAUCUUUCUAAAUUGGGAUUAUGAAAAUAAAUAAAAUGAAUGUACAAAAAAACAUGUUCUGACUAAAAAAAAUUCAUAUAUUAACAAAAAAGAUACAAUAUGGUGGAAACGCGUAGUAAACAAAAAGCAAGAAACGUAGAAAAAGUAGGAUCAAAACGUAUUUCAACUGAAACAUCAACGCAACCUACAAAACGUCGUAAAACAAAAACUAUUAUUGAUAAUAAAGUAACCCUAAAGUCCGAAUCAACUGUAAUAAAAAUUAAUCCAACACUCUCCAGCAUUCAUGAACAACUCGCUGCUCAGGCAUCAAAAAAAAGAGCUGCAACGCUUGUAAAAUACUUUCGAACUGAUGAGUAUGGUCGUGGAGACAUUUUUUUAGGACUUAAAGUUCCUUAUGUUAGAUCAAUUUCGAAAAGUCUUGGUUUUUUGCCCUUUACGAUACUGAAAAGUCUUAUAGAAUCGAAGUAUCACGAGGAAAGGUUAUUAUCGGUCAUUAAUAUAGUUGACAAAUUUAAAAUAUCUCAAGAUUUAAAUGAGCAAAAAGAGUUAUUCGAAUUUUAUACUACUGAGAUGAAAGAGGGAAUUGAUAACUGGGAUUUGGUUGAUAUGUCAGCAGCUCAUGUAGUUGGUUCUUAUCUUAUAAAUAAGCCUGAACUUAAAAAAACGUGGCUUUACGAAAAAUUGAUAACCUCGGAGCGUCUUUGGGAUAGGAGGAUCGCUAUCGUAUCGACCCAGCUCUUUAUUAACCGGGGUGAAUAUGAAGAUACAGUAAAACUGUCCGAAAUUUUGUUAGAUGACAAGGAAGAUCUAAUUCACAAGGCUACUGGGUGGAUGUUAAGGGAAAUGGGCAAGAAAUCUAAGAAAACUCUUGUUAAUUUUCUGGACAUGCAUGCAACUAAAAUGCCGAGGGUGAUGUUAAGAUAUAGUUUAGAGAAAUUUUCUGACCAAGAAAAGAAAAAGUACAUACAAAAAGAAAAAAAAUGAAAAUUAUAAUACACUUUUGUUCUAAGAAUAUAAAAUCUAUAGUGCGUGGAAAAAUCAAGAUCAUCUCUCGACUGUCUACGAACUCCUUGUCUUUUUAAUCUUACGUGUCGACCUCCUUUGCUUUGUAUUGUCAGAGUUGAUCUCUUCUUUUGCAAUUGAUGGCUCAUUUGACUCAUUUGACCCAUUUGGUUCGUUUGACCCAUUUGACUUAUUUGGCUCGUUUGACCCAUUUGACUCAUUUGACUCGUUUGUUAUUUCUUGAUCCUAUCAAUAAGAAAAGCUUUAAUAUAUACAUACAUUAAUUAAACUCAAAAAUUAUAUACAUAUAUAUAUAUAUAUA